GCGCGUUGUUGUUGUUCAGCCCCCACGUGGCACGCCGUCUCCUCCUCCCCGACGGCGUCUCCCGCCCCAGCCAUGAGGGUGGUCGUGGGAGGCGGCUCUGGCUUCGUGGGCUCUGCGCUGUGCCGCCUGCUCGGCAGCCGCGGCCACACCGUGACGCUGGUGUCGCGCUCGCCCGGCUCGGGGCGCGUCACCUGGGGGCAGCUGGAGGCGCGGGGGCUGCCGCCGUGCGACGCGGCGCUCAACCUGGCCGGGCUGCCCGCCCUCGGGGACCCGCGGCGCCGCUGGAGCCCCGAGCUGAGCGCCGAGCUGCGCGGCAGCCGCGUGGAGACGACGGCGGCGCUCGCCCGGGCCGUGUGGGCGGCGCGCCCGCGGCCUCGCACCUGGCUGCUCGUCACCGGGGUGGGCUACUACCGGCCGAGCCGCACCGCGCGCUACACCGAGGACAGCCCCGGCGGGGACUCGGACUUGUGGGCGCGGCUCGUGGCCGCGUGGGAGGCCGCGGCGACGCUCCCCGAGAGCCCGGGGGGCCCGCAGGCGAGCCCCGUCCGACACGUGGUGGUGCGGCCGGGCGUGGUGCUGGGCAAGGGCGGCGGCAUCGUGAGCCGCGUGUCGUGGCCCUUCCGGCUGGGGCUGGGCGGCCCGAUGGGGAGCGGCACGCAGCCCUUCCCGUGGGUCCACGUGGACGACCUGGCGGGCAUCGUGGCGCACGCCCUGGAGACGCCCUCGGUGUGCGGCGUGCUCAACGCCGUGGCGCCCGGCGCCGUCACCAACGCCGACUUCGCGCGGGAGCUGGGCCGGGCCCUGCGCCGCCCGGCGCUGCUGCCGAUGCCCUCGUGGCUCGUGAACGCGGCGCUGGGCCGCGAGCGCGGCCUCCUGCUGCUGCGGGGGCAGCGAGUGAGCCCCCAGAGGACCCUGGCGAGCGGGUACCGCUUCAAGUUCCCCGAGCUCGCCGCGGCGCUACAGGAGGUUGUGUCGUGAAGCCCGCGGCUCCCUCGCCUCGGCUGCCUUCUCCAGCACGCUGCGCCCUCGCUAUGCUCACUACACGUGCACACCACGUCCACACCACACUCCACGUCCACGCCACGUCUACACCACACUCCACGUGCACACCACACAUCACGUCUACUCCACAGUCCACGCCACGUCUACACCACACUCCACGUCCACACCACACUCCACGUCUACACCACACUCCACGUCCACGCCACGUCUACACCACACACCACGUCUACACCACACACCACGUGGACACCACGUCUACACGUGGACAUUUGCGUUGCGUAUUCCUCCAGAAAAAAUCGGGCCUCCGUGAGUCCUGCUUAAGUGUUUUCCUUGGCUGUAGAAGGGGUCCGUGUAAAAACAACAAGAUCUCGUUCAACUGACGUGUUUAUUGAAGCGUCAAGCUGCGUCUGUGUCUACCUUAAGUGUCAUCAUGCUUCUGGGUUGCCAGGUGUUAAUGCAUCCACCUACAAUGUGCAUAGCGCAGAUGUCAAAGAACCGGGGUUGGUAACAUUGCAAAUCUGAAAGAUUGCAUUUUCUUGCUGUAAGGGACCCAAAGUUUGACCAAUUAUUUUCUUUCAACAUCGCCAUGACAUGGUCUGCGUGGAGAUUGUCUGUCUCUGGGUGGUGGUUGGCUCGGUGUAAACAUUGGCGAUAGAGGCAUCCCACAACACAAACCUCGCCCUGCAGACCACUGGGAUUCCGUGGCAUCUGCGUCGGUUGUGCGAUGUGUUGGGGACAUGGCUACAAGGACAAACGCCACACUGUGUGGCAGAUGAGGGUGAUGUAAUACGCAUUGUCACGUGUGCAGUUCAUCGUAAUGUGUGUGACAGACGACGGAAUUUGGACGUGGAUAAAAGUCUUUACUUAC